AUGCCGCUGCCUGCACCACGUCACCGGUUCGCCUCUACACACGCGCGCGCCGCAUGCGCACGAACAGGUUACGGACACUCGACGCCUACGACGUACGCCGGCAAGUUGUUCUGCAUGGGCUACGCGCUGACGGGCAUCCCACUGACGCUCGUCAUGUUCCAGGCGAUCGGCGAGCGUCUGAACACGUUCGUCGCCUUCACGAUCAUCCAUCUGAAGCGCUGCAUGAAGCUGCGCAGCACCGAGGUGUCGCAGACGAACCUAAUCAUCGUCGGACUCGGCCUGUGCGCCAUCGUCACGACGGGCGGCGCGUUCAUGUUUAGUUUCUACGAGCGCUGGUCGUAUUUCGACUCGCUCUACUACUGCCUCAUUACGCUGACGACGAUCGGGUUCGGUGAUUACGUGGCGCUACAGAAUAGCGAGACGACCGAGCAGAAUCCUUACUACAUCGUGCUCAGCCUCGUCUUCAUCUUCACGGGUCUGACGGUCGUCGGCGCCGCCAUGAAUCUACUCGUGUUGCGCUUCCUCACUAUGAACACGGAGGAUGAGAAGCGAGAGGAGGCCGAGGCGCAGGCGGCCGCGCAGAUUGCUGUGCGGCUCGACGGAGACGUGAUUACGGCCAACGGCAGCAUCAUCUCCGGCGGCGGCGGCGGCGGCGAGCUGGCGACCGACUACAGCGACGCGGCGUCGACGUGCUCGUGCUCGUGUUACGGUCGGACGGCGGGCAAGCAGACGCGUUACAAGGUGACGCGCUCGCCCGGUCGCAUAUCGCAUCUGUUGCAGAUGCAGACGUUUCGCAGCCGAGAGGACGUCUACUCGACGAUACAGGACUGCGGCGACGAACCGCAGUCUCCCACCAGAGCGUCCGUCUGAGUGCGCGCGCGCGU